GGAAAUCUGCAUGGAACUUGCCAGCGCAUCGCUGAAGCCGUGCUGGGCAAAGACGACGACUGGCAGAUUGGCAAGACGAAAAUCUUUCUAAAGGAUCACCAUGAUAUGCUGUUAGAAAUUGAACGGGACAAAGCCAUUACUGACAAAGUUAUCCUUAUUCAGAAAGUAGUUCGCGGAUUUAAAGACAGAUCUCAUUUCUUGAAAGUGAGGAAUGCAGCGCUCAUGAUUCAGCGGAAUUGGAGAGGACACAAUUGUCGAAGAAACUAUGAAGCUAUGAGAAUCGGCUUCCUGAGACUUCAAGCUCUCUACCGUUCCCGCAAACUCCACCGGCAGUACCACAUGGCUCGCCAGCGCAUCAUCGAAUUCCAGGCCAGGUGCCGCGGCUUCUUGGUGCGCCGUGCUUUCCGCCAUCGCCUGUGGGCGGUCUUCACCAUCCAGGCCUACGGACGUGGGAUGAUUGCCCGGCGGCUCUACAAACGGCUGAAGGGGGAGUAUUUCCGACGGCUGGAAGCUGAAAAACUACGCCUGCUGGAAGAGGAACGGCUGAGGAAGGAAAUGAGUGCAAAGAAAGCCAAGGAGGAAGCAGAAAAGAAACACCAAUUGCGCCUGGCCCAGCUGGCCCGAGAAGACGCGGAGAGAGAGAUCAAAGAGAAAGCGGAAACUCGCCGGAAGAAGGAACUCCUGCAGAAGAUGGAGAAGGCGCGGAACGAGCCCGUGAACGAUUCGGACAUGGUGGACAAAAUGUUUGGCUUCCUGGGAAUGACGGCAUCGUUGCCGGGCCAGGAAGGACAGGCACCCGAUGGCUUUGAGGAUCUCGAAAGAGUUGGAAGGGUGCUGGAAGAAGAUGACUUAGACAUGUCCCUCCCUCUGCCCGAGGAAGAAGAAGAGGACUUAUCGGAAUAUAAGUUUGCGAAAUUUGCUGCCACAUCCUUCCAGGGCACAACCACGCACACGUAUAUACGCCGGCCCCUGAAACAACCCCUGUUGUACCACGAGGAUGAAGGAGACCAGCUG